UCCAAAUGCCAUCCCUACAAAUGCCCACCAAUCAUCACACGUUCACCGCUACAAAACGUUCCCUUCCCUUCACCUCUCCAAUCCCCGGCGUCCCCUGCUUCUCUACACACCCUUCCGUUCGUAUAUACUCCUCGUUCCUCCCCUCGUACUCCUCCACCCCCUCCGCUCCUACAUCACCGCACGCAGUCAGGCCCCCAACAGCAAGGGGCAUGGAGAGACGGCGAAGAUGCUUCCCAUCAAUGGUGGUGGCGGCGGCGGCAUUCUUGAUGGCCACAAUGCCAUCGGCCGGCGUGGCGGCGCUGUCGCCGGACUACUACAAGGACAGCUGCCCCGACCUGGAGUCCAUCGUGCGGUACGAGGUGACCAAGAAGAAGAACGAGACAGUCGUCACCAUCCCGGCGACGCUCAGGCUCAUCUUCCACGACUGCUUGGUUGGGGGCUGUGACGCCUCAGUCCUAAUAGCGUCCCGAAAUAACGAUGCCGAGAAGGACGCGUCUGACAACAUGUCCCUCGCCGGCGACGGCUUCGAUACCGUCAACCGAGUCAAGGCUGCCGUCGAGAAGAAGUGCCCCGGCGUGGUCUCCUGCGCCGACAUCAUCGCGCUCGCCGCCAGAGACGUCGUCGACCUGGCGUCCGGCCCUUUCUGGCGCGUGGAGCUCGGCCGGCUCGACGGCCUCGUCUCCAAGGCCAGCGACGUCGCGGGCAAGCUGCCCGACCCGGACAUGCACGUCAAGGAGCUCAGCACGGUGUUCCAGAGGAACGGCCUGUCCAUGGUCGACCUGGUGGCGCUCUCGGGCGCGCACACCGUCGGCUUCGCGCACUGCACCCGCUUCACCAACCGGCUCUACUACUACAGCAGAUCCACGGCGACGGACCCGUCCUUCAACCCGGACUACGCGGAGCAGCUCAAGCAGGCUUGCCCGCGCAACGUCGGUCCGACCAUCGCCGUCAACAUGGACCCCGUCAGCCCCAUCACCUUCGACAACAUCUACUUCGCCAACCUCGUCAACGGGCUGGGGCUCUUCACCUCCGACCAGGUGCUGUACACCGACAAGGCGACGCGACCAAUCGUGAAGCAGUUCGCCGCGAACCAGACGGCGUUCUUCGAUGCUUUCGUCCACGCCAUGACCAAGCUGGGGAGGUUAGGGGUGAAGACCGGAAACGAUGGAGAGAUCAGAAGAGUCUGCACCGCCUUCAAUCACUAGAUGGCUUCGGCAGGAAUUGUAAUUCAGAUUAUCUGAUGCUGUUUGGAGUUGAGAUAUGCAUACUGAGAUUGAUUCGUUUUUGCAUACAGUUGCCAAUGUUUGAAGGUGUUCUUUCUUCCUUUCUUUUUAACAUUUUGUGCUUAUUAAUUUUGGGUGAAUUUUUGUACAGUUUGAAGAGUGUAAUACCAUGGACACCUUGAGAUUCUCAAUUGAGAAGGUUAAUCUGAUGAUAGGGCUACUAAAGGGAAAGAGUUUGU